AUGUCUUCCCCUGGCCUGAAGGCACUCUUGUCCUCCAAGCCUCCCCUAGAGCAGUGUUUGGCCAGCUAGAGCAGGGCUGCUUACCCAUUGCUGCUCCCGAGAGCUCAGGACUGGCCCCAGACCCCUGGCAUCUGGGGCAGAAGCAACAUCAAAGCAGGGAUUGGCCAACUCCCACCCCUAAUGCCAAACAGGCCAAGCACUGAGAGCACUCGGAGGCGUGACAAAUCUCAGCCUGUCUCCAGCUAGUGUUCCCUGGCCAGUCCAUUUUGGGCCUUGCCUCACAAUGAUGGGCUCAUCAUUCAGCCUCGCUCAUCUGCUCAUCAUUUCAGGACUGCUCUGUUACUCAGCAGGCUGCUUGGCCCUUCCUGGCCUGGAUCAGAAGAAGCGUGCUGGCCACAAAGCAUGCUGCCUGCUGAUGCCCCCUCCACCACCGCUGUUCCCACCACCAUUCUUCAGAGGUGGUCGAAGUCCGCUUCUCUCCCCAGACAUGAAGAAUCUCAUCCUGGAACUGGAGACCUCGCAGUCUCCGUGCAUGCAAGGCUCACUAGGCUCCCCUGGACCUCCCGGUCCCCAGGGUCCACCGGGGCUUCCUGGCAAGACAGGACCAAAGGGAGAAAAGGGGGAGCUUGGCCGACCAGGAAGGAAGGGUAGACCUGGCCCCCCAGGUGUUCCUGGCAUGCCUGGGCCCAUCGGUUGGCCGGGCCCUGAAGGACCUAGGGGUGAAAAAGGUGACCUGGGUAUGAUGGGCUUGCCAGGAUCAAGAGGACCAAUGGGCUCCAAGGGCUAUCCUGGAUCCAGAGGGGAAAAGGGAUCCAGAGGUGAAAAGGGUGACUUGGGUCCCAAAGGAGAAAAGGGUUUCCCGGGAUUUCCUGGAAUGUUGGGGCAGAAAGGUGAAAUGGGUCCAAAGGGUGAACCUGGGAUAGCAGGACACCGAGGACCCACAGGAAGACCAGGAAAACGAGGCAAGCAGGGACAGAAAGGGGAUAGUGGAGUCAUGGGCCCACCCGGCAAGCCUGGGCCUUCUGGUCAACCUGGCCGUCCAGGCUCCCCAGGGCCCCCAGGCCCCCCAUCUGCAGGACAACUUAUAAUGGGACCCAAAGGGGAAAGAGGAUUUCCCGGGCCUCCAGGAAGAUGUCUUUGUGGACCCCCUAUGAAUGUGAAUAACCCUUCCUACGGGGAAUCCGUAUAUGGGCCCAGUUCCCCGCGAGUUCCUGUGAUUUUUGUGGUCAACAACCAGGAGGAGCUAGAGAGGCUGAACACCCAAAACGCCAUUGCCUUCCGCAGAGACCAGAGAUCUCUCUACUUCAAGGACAGCCUUGGCUGGCUCCCCAUCCAGCUGACCCCUCUCUACCCUGUGGAUUACACUGUAGACCAGCGCAGCACCUGCGGAGAUGGGUUCCUGCAGCCUGGGGAGGAGUGUGACGACGGUAACAACGAUGUGGGUGACGACUGCAUCAGCUGUCACCGUGCCUACUGUGGAGACGGUCACCGGCAUGAGGGUGUGGAGGACUGUGAUGGCUCUGACUUUGGCUACCUGACGUGCGAGACCUAUCUCCCUGGGUCAUACGGAGAGCUGCGAUGCACACAGUACUGCUACAUCGACUCCACGCCCUGCCGCUACUUCACCUGAGGCUGCGAGGAGGAGGUGGGCUGCGCCCCACAGAGCUGGCAGCAGCUUCUCACCGUCAUCAAACUGGCCAUGCACUGUCCUGGCCCCGUCUCCACCAAUCUUUGUGUGACAAAAACAAGGACAAAUUCCUGCUACUAGGACGUGCUGUUAACUCAGUGUGAUGAAGAAUUUAGGACCACUGCAUCCUGUCUUAAUCCAAAGUACCGGAAAACCUUCCGCAUGCCCAACCUGAGAAUGGUUCCCCAUCACUGCCAAACAACCGGUUACAAUGCUCUUCCUCUUCUGGAAUGUUGCUGACCCAGGCUGCCAACAUGGCUGAGCACUGUGAGACACACAUAGACCUGCGGGGCUGUUUUGGUAUGUUUGGAUCUCACUGGGGAAUCUGGAGUACAGGCCUCUCCGCCCCCCGGCCUCUGAAAGGAGCAGGCAUUCUCACUCAGCCUGGGCAGCCAGCUCUCGGAGCUCUCAGGGCCUGUGGACCACUAAGCAGGGAAGUGGGCACGUUCUCUCGGUGUGGCUCACAGCCUUGAACCUGCCACAGGACCCCGUGACUGGCCACAGCCCAGCCCAGCCUGAUGUGGAUGUGGCUGCCCAGGAAGAGACUUAACUGUGAAAAAGUACUGAGAACCCACCUGACCCAAGCUUCCCCCAAGCAGAGGCUAGAGCCUCCUCUUCUCAGUGUUUCCCAAAGGGGUGGCUCUUGUGGUUUCAAAAUCUCCGGCACCAUCCUGACCUCUUGGCUUCCUCUCUACUUUGGCCCCUGUCUCUCAAAUGUCCCUCAUGUCCAUUUCCUGUCCAGGAGACUCACGAGGACUGUGUGACCUGCACUAGCCCACACCUGGGCAAGCUCUUGGUGUCUCCUUGGUCUUUAGACAGAUACUGUCCUGGGUCCCCCAUCUAGGGCCCACUGUGAGUGCUGUCUCCAGGCGGAGCGUUCCUGGCUGGAGCGCUACCUCCUUGCCUCCUGCUGACCCCCGACAGUACCUUGUGGCCCUCCGUUUGUGUCUGCAUAUUGCAUAGCCUUGUCCUCCUGUGUGCCUGAGCUGCUCCCUUUUCGAUAAGAUUAUUAGUCCUGCAUGUCUGUGAGCUGCCUUUCAUCACCCUUUUUCUGGAGUAGGGCUUAGUUUUAUUUUGGAAAGACAUCUCCAAGGUGAGGUCCACUCCCACAGCAGACCUCAAGUGGAAUUUGCCCAUUUGUUACCAGCUGGAGGGAUACCCCUGGGUUUUGGUAUGAAGCUAUUUAAUGAGCCUGAGUCUUGGGGACUCAGCAGGCUGGAGCUUGGGACCCGGUGAACCAUCACCUGGUGUCUGUAGGUGAACCCUGUCUCCCACAGGUGACAUCGACCCGAGAAUGGUGUCUUUAGAGGCAGGCACAUGGUCAGCCUUGUCCCCUUCACCUUUACUGUGAGGCCCAGGGAGAUGUGGUUUUCAUGCUGCUUCCACCAUCACACUGGGGUUUCCGGAUGGGAAAUAAAAAAAUAAAGGCAGUUCAUUUCCC